AGACGGAGAGCAGCCACGAGACUUGCUGGGACCUGUGCUGACCCUUGCCGUGCAAGAUGACAGCAAGAGACGGGCCCCAAGAUAGGUACAAGGCUGUCUGGCUGAUCUUCUUCAUCCUCGGCCUGGGAACACUGCUGCCAUGGAAUUUCUUCAUGAAUGCCAGGGAGUAUUUCAUCAACCGCCUUGUGGACUCGGAGGAGAUGAGCCACUUAGGGAACAAGACUGGUGGGGCUGCCUCGCCCCUCUCCUACCUGCAGUCCAUGUUUGACAACUUCAUGACUCUCUGCUCCAUGGUGCCCCUCCUCAUCUUCACCUGCCUCAACUCCUUCAUCCACCAGCGGAUUUCCCAGCAGAUCCGCAUCUUGGGCAGCCUGAUGGCCAUCGGGAUGGUGUUUUUAGUCACUGCAAUCAUGGUGAAGGUCCCCAUGGAGCCUCUUCCCUUCUUCAUCUUUACCAUGAUCAGCAUCAUCUUCAUCAACUCCUUCGGCGCCAUCCUCCAGAGCAGCCUGUUUGGGCUGGCAGGGCUCCUGCCUGCCAGCUACACAGCUCCCAUCAUGAGUGGGCAGGGCUUGGCGGGCACCUUUGCUGCUUUGGCGAUGAUCUUCAAUAUUGCCAUUGGUGCCCAGCAACCUGAGAGCUUCAUCGGUUACUUCACCACGGCCUGUGUGGCGAUCUUGCUGGCAAUCUUCUCCUACAUGCUUCUGCCUCGCAUGGAUUUCUUCCGAUACUACUCCAUGAAGGACAAGACAGAGUACCGUGUGUACAAUGCAGAACUGGAGACCAAGAGAGACUUGAUUAAGAAAGAUGAGCCCAAUGGGAUGGAGCAGAAUAACUCAAAGAUCAUCCCUAUCCACAACCCUGAUGAGAAGCCCUCGGUUGUCGCUAUUUUUAAGAAGCUCUGGGUCAUGGCUGUGUCUGUCUGCUUCGUCUUCACUGUCACCAUUGGCGUCUUUCCUUCCAUCACUGCUAAGGUGUCCACUGUCCUUGGAGAGGGAAACAGAUGGGGUCUCUACUUCCUCCCUGUCUCCUGCUUCCUGCUCUUUAAUGUCUUCGACUGGACUGGACGGAGUCUCACUGCCCUCUUCACAUGGCCCGGGAAGGACAGCUGCCUCCUGCCAGUGAUGGUGGCCCUCCGUGUCAUCUUUAUCCCUCUUUUCAUGCUGUGCAACGUGCAGCCCCGUGACUACCUGCCUGUCGUAUUCUCUCAUGACGCCUGGUACAUCAUCUUCAUGAUCUUCUUCUCCAUCUCCAACGGCUACCUGGCCAGCCUUUGCAUGUGCUUUGGGCCCAAGAAAGUGCUUGCUCACGAAGCAGAGACAGCUGGAGCCAUCAUGACCUUUUUCCUGUCCCUGGGAUUGGCCCUAGGAGCUGCCAUCUCCUUCCUUUUCCGAAUUCUCAUCUAG